AUGUCAGAUCAAGAAAAGAUACUCGAUGUUUGCGCGCACUUGACAAGGAUCAAGAUGACACCAAAGGAAUUCAUCACGGGUCUGCUCAAGAAAGACCACAUAGAACUCAACUACCGCCGACGCACCUGGGGAACAACUUACGGUGCCAGUUCAACUAUUGAGCUAGUUUCUGAAAUUGCAAAAAUAUUCCACAAGAAAGAUGCAGCUCGGCAUUUUUGGGCCAACUUUAUUCAGGCUGAGGUCAAACUCGUUCACUAUCAGGAUGUUGUCUUGUUGUGUCGUCAAGAAAUGGAAAGUCAUAGCUCUGGCUCAUUCAUGAGCUGCCAAUUGGUCAGACGUGAUUUUUUUGGGCUGGCUGCCAAGGAGGCUCGUAAUCAUAAACUUACAACUGUUGAACGACCAAUGCUCUACAACGUAAUCCACGGAAUCUUAUCUCAUUCGGACAAAGAAGAGGGCAAUGCUGUUCAUGUGGACAAUCCACAUGAUGACUCCACUUGUCUUCAAGAGAAUACAUUGACACACGAUACCAACAACUCAAGAGGUCAUAUGGGCAACACCCCAACUGAUAUUGGUGAGACCGUAGUCGAGGAGCUUGUCGCAGAUGCAGAAGCCGAGGUCCAUCUGAAAUCCACCUCAGGCUCGUUAGAGGAAGUGAUGUCAGAGUUCGGUGGGUUUAGUUACUCAUCCAAAGAGGAUGGGCCAGAUGGAAGACAAAAGAAAAUCAAACAUAUUGCAACGGUGAUCUGUUCAAUGCUCAGCUUUGCAUGUAAUUGUCGUCACAAUGGAUUACAGCUUGAGAAUUCGAUCCGAUUCUAUGCUUGUGGGGUUUCGGAGACGGUCAAUGAAUACCUUCACUACUUGGGUUUAACAUCUCAUAGAAAAACGGCCGUUCAUGCCCUACGAUCCUUGGCCUCAGAAGCAGCGGACACUAUAGCUUCUUUGAUGGCCCUGUCAAAUUGUUUGGCUCCUAUCAUGUGUAUUGACAACUUGGACAUGGAAGAGCGUAUUCAACUCGCAUCAGUAGGAAAGCAGAAUCGCAUGUUCCAUGGUACUUGGGGAUACAUACAUAUUCCCAGUGACAACCUGAUGAAAACACUCGACCCCAAUCAGCUCACCUUACAAUCGUACCACAACGCCUUAAAAGAUGUGGAUUCUCUGAUCAUUGACCCAGCUGAUUUCCUUCCUGACAAUGAAGCCCAGGAUCACUAUGAAAAAGUGUUCAAAAGUCAGAUUGCCCGGGUAAUGUACAAGUAUGUGGCCCGACCGGCUGACUCAAAGCGGAAACUUCCCAUGGACCCUCCGGAUAUAGAGCUGAUAAGUCAUGAGCAGCCCAAAAUCCACAUGAUGAAGCUCAUGAAUGAGUCUGACAAUUCAGCUGAAGGCAUUGGACAGGUGAUGGAGGCACUCCGCAGACAAAGCCGACUUGAACCUGGUGAAUUCUUUGGCCGAUUCCAGCUUAUUGACGGUGACCUUGGGACUGCUCAGAUCUUCAAUGCUAUCCGAUCCCUCCGAUUCCCAAGCAAACACUGCAAUCACAGUCUCAACAAUGUCUCAUUCACUCUUGGUGCGGCCCAUACAUUGUGGAACAUUGCCCACACGAUCCUUACACAUCACUUUGGGAACUCUAAGGCAAUGGAUGACCUGGGGGUGUGGCGAUAUUUACAAGCACUCGGGAUCCCCCCAGAAAAAGUCAUCCAGGAAAAGGAUUUCACUAAGAUGCUUCAGUAUAUGGAACAAGUCCACGAAGCGACCCUAUGGUACUGUCUAAGAGGAUUUGCCGGUGAUUCCGACAUCCAAUUGGAAUGCAAUUGUGAACCAAUGUUACAAUCAAUUCUGCUCGCAUGA